AGCUGAAAUGGAUACUAUUGCAGAAGUCACUGAAAGCCCAUCCAAAAUAAAAAGUUCACUCCAGCUGCUAAACAUCACAAAUAAGAACAUGACUAGUUAUAAGAAAAAAGCAGAGGAAAAUAUGUUUAAUUCCCAGCAUGAGAAAGAGAAUAUUGGGGUUGUAAAUUCUGAGAGGAAAUUUUAAAAUCGCCCUCCACCCAACCGAAGAGAACUCCGCACUGAGUAAUAAACCUCACGAUGAAAAUCCACCCCAGAAUGUUGAAUUCGAAUUUUUCCUUACUCCUGAGAAAGAAGAUGACGACCAUGAACAUGAGGGUAUUAAGGAAAAUGAGGCCAUUACUCUUGAGAAACAGAAAACUUUCCAAACUCCUGCUUUCUCAAGUAUUGAGAAUCAGACAGGAGGGAACUCAAGUUCUUGCAAGAAGCCUCAAGAACAAGAGGAGUUCGAAAUGGCACAGACUCGGAAGAAUCCAGCCCUUUACCAAGAAAGUUUCAUGCAGAAGACACAAGACCAAAGAGAUUUAAAUAUCAAUUCAAGAAUUUCCUUAUGACCUGAAAAGUCAAAGACCGUGAAGAAAGUAAGGAGAAGGUCGAGUUCUAAAUAAGUCAAACUCAAAGAAGAAGACAAAGAAAACCCCUGUAAUCUUGCAGUUGAACAUUAACCCAAAGAAGAUCAAUAAAUUGAUCCGGAAGGAUUUAUUGGUGUACAAUAAAUCAAAUCUUCGCAACUCAAAAGUAAAAGUCAAGAAAUUGAGAGCACGAAGCUCACUAAAGCAGCUAAGACCUGACUCUAAGAUAUCAAAUAAUCUACGAAUGAAAAAGUCUCCCGAACGACAGUCUUCAUCACAGAAAAGAGGUAGACAGACUCCUAAAAUAAUGAAGAAGACCUCUCAAAUGUUUCAAAAAGCUGAUGAAUGGCUCUCAGAUACCAAUUAUCUAACUAGUUUUCCCAAAGAAGAUAAAGGCUCACUAAAAAAAAAGAGAGGAUCAAAAUCAAAUCUCAAAACUAAGAUUAUAAAGAAUUGUUUGAAAGAGGAGAAGGGAAUAAAUGCCAAACAGCAAGCUCCAAAGGACCUCGGUCUUGAUGAAUUCCUCCAAAGAUCCAUCCCAGUGGGUAAACUUUUGAACUACAUGCUCUGAAACGUCAAUUUCGAUCCAAAUGAAGUGAACUUUCUACAGGAUUUAGCCAAAAUGGCUGAAGGAUAACUUCAAAUGUUUAUGUUUUGAU